CCAAUCUCGUCACGCGCCAAAGGAAGCAACAAGGUCAAUCCCCAAGGCAAGCAAAGGUCCACAACCCUACCGCUAGCUAGCAAAUCAACAAUAGCUAACAAUGGCGGAAUCCUCGCCUGAGAUUGCUACUACUACUGGUAGUGCCACCGCCAGUACAGAGGUGCCAGAUGCAGCCGUCGUGUCGUUGGUGGAUGCUGUGUCUCACGCAUUGGACAACAAGGCAGUGUUGCGACCAAUCCCACCCCCGCUUCCGACGGGGUGGGUGAUGCGAGAAGCUCGUUCACAGCCCAAUUACUACUUGUACUACAAUAUGGAGACUGGAGAAUCCACUUGGUAUUCUCCCAUCGAGCAAGCAGAACAUCACCAGCUGCGGGGAGAUGAAGAUCAGGCCAUGAUGGACAGCCAUAAUGCCACUGAAGUACCUUUCCAAGAAUCAGCCUCUGCGAGGACUGCGCAUUCUGGCCCAGAAAACAGUGGCGAUAUGGACAACGACAACAAUACUAGCAGUCGUAAACGCCCUCAUGAAGACAUGGCGGCUGGUAACACACCGAACAAAAAACCAGCCAAAUCCAGUGGAAAACCCAGCAAAGUCCGCAUUUUACACAUUCUCAAAAAGCACAGCGGCAGUCGACGGCCCUCAUCAUGGCGACAAGCCAAAAUUACAGCCACCAAAGAAGAGGCCAGGGAAGAAUUGCAAGGUUUGGUCGAUAUAUUGAAGGAAGAAACAGGGGCAGAUCAACGAGCUACCUUUGAGGAAAUUGCUCGGACAGAAAGCGAUUGCAGUUCCGCCAAGCGAGGAGGUGAUUUGGGUUUUUUUGGUCCCAAGAAAAUGCAACCUGCCUUUGAAGAAGCAUCGUUUGCACUACAGAUUGGGGAAUUGAGUGGAAUCGUAGAAACUUCGAGUGGUGUCCAUGUUCUGUUGCGAAUAGGAUAAGACCACAUUCUGUUUGCGGGAGGAUCCGGCUUUGAGCACAAUCUCAAGUAUUUCUUGUAUUGGACAGUACCGGCAUUUUCUAGACGUACUACAGCGCAU